AUGGGGCCGCGCGUGCUGCUCGUGCGCAUGGGCCGGCUGUCCUACGCCGACGCGCUGGGCCUGCAGGAGCGCUGGCUGCGGCGGCUACAGGCCGCGCGGGGGCCUGGCGCCGAGGCGGGCGCGCUGCUGCUCGGGGAGCCCGCGGGGCCCGCCUACACGGCCGGCCUGCGGGGCGGGCUAGAGCCCGGCGAAGAGGCGCGGCUGCGGGCGCUGGGCGCCGACGUGCGGCGCACGGGCCGCGGCGGCCUCGCCACCUUCCACGGGCCCGGCCAGCUGCUGGCCCACCCGGUGCUGGACCUGCGGCCCCUGGGCCUCCGCCUGCGGACGCACGUGGCGGCGCUAGAGGCCUGCGCCGUGGGCCUGUGCCGCCGCCUGGGCCUCCCGGCCGCCCUGGCCCGGCCCCCGCCCUACACCGGCGUCUGGCUGGGGGACCGCAAAAUCUGUGCCAUCGGGGUCCGAUGUGGAAGGCACAUCACAUCACAUGGUUUGGCUAUGAACUGCUCCACAGAUCUGACGUGGUUUGAGCACAUUGUCCCCUGUGGCCUGGUGGGAAUGGGAGUCACCUCCCUCACUGAAGAACUCCAGAGGCGGGUCACUGUGGAGGAGGCCACAGACCCCUUUCUGGAAGCCUUUGAAGAGGCCUUCCAAUGCACACUGACAUUGCACCAUGAAGAUAGUGAUUGAAGAGACCUUUCCCAAGGGGUCAGCCCCAGGAACCCAGCAUCAAUCAAACUGCUGGCCAGCCUGAGAGAUGGCCUGGGAAUGGACAGAGAUUAUUUGUAAUGAGCACUGGACUUGGGAGUUAGAAGGCCAAGAUUCAGAUCUGGGCACUGACAUUUAACCAGCUGUAUCACUUUUCUCUCUCUGGGUCUUGGUUUCCCCAUCUGUAAAAUGGGGGAAAGUCAUAUUUGCACUGCUUACCUCACAAGGCUGUUGUGAGGAAUAAGUUUUAUUUUGGGGGAAGGAAUUGAGAGAGAUGGUUUCAUAUCCCUGCUCUGACCCAGUAGGCAUACCUAUGGGUUAGGUGCUUCAUCUGUGAGCCUUUGUUCCCUUGAAUGAGGGUAAUAACGGUUGUACUGCCUACCUCACCAGAUUACUGUGAAGAAAGUGCUUUGUAAGUCUUAAAGGCUGUAAAAUGAGGUAAUAUAUAUAUUUAAAAUCUUAAUUAAAGCUAUAUAAAAAUGAGAGAUUUUUAUUUAAUGACCCCAUGCUGGCAUAUGUCAUAUUAAUAAGGGAAGACAGAACAUAAAGUGGAGUUAGAAAGGGGGGGUGGGUACCCCUCACACCCACCUGGGGUCAAGGUAGCUGGUGGGAAGAUGGAGUAAUUCAGUGUUUAAUAAGUGGGUCUUAAUUGAUUAGAAUAAUGGAAGGAAGCUGGAAGAGAUCUUAGAAAUCAAGUAGUCCUAGUGUCUUUUUUUACAGAUGGGGAAACCUAAGCCCAGAUAGAUUGAGGGACUUUUCCAAGGAUACACAGUUAAUCACUGGGAGAUCUGGGACUUAGUAACAGUUUCCCCCAAUUUCCAAUUCAGGGAUUUUUCUUUCCUGUUUCUUAGCACCAACUUCAAGUAUCCAACACCAGACUGUGCUCAUUAAGUAUUUGUUGGCUGAAUGAUAGUGGGUGAACUAAGGGCAUAUCCCCUCGGCCAUAGCUUCCUCGUCUAAAGAGCUAGUACCAUUCCUCUACCUCAUGGAGCUGCUUGUCGUGUGAUGGAGGCAUAACCAAAUAACCGAAUUUACUGAAUCCUGAAAUUGUAAGGGCCUUUGGAGGUAAUCUAAUCCUCCCCCCAAUUCCAGGACUAUUCAGGGGUGCUCAUCAUAACCCUUUCGUUCCUGUCUCUGGCUCAGUAUUUAGUCUUUCCAGUGCAGUAACUUUACUCCUGUAAAAUGAAGGGUUUGGACUAGAUCUUUAAAAUUCACUCCCGCUCCCAGCCUUUGUUCUCUAGUCACACUGGCCUCAGGCACUCUGUGGUCUGUGGUCUGUGGUCUGUUCUCUAAAGGCUUUAUCCUUCAUACAGUUCAGGGCCUGGUGGUGACUGAGUUCUUUUGGCUCAGGGGUUCACUUUUACCAGCUAUGGGGUAUAAAGGCCUCAUAGCUGAUUGGUACACUGAGGGGACUAAAGCAAUUCGAAUGAAAGUCAUCGUGAUAUAAGAGGCAUUUGGGAAGGAGAGCUGGCCUUGGAGGGUCAGGAAGACCUUAGCUCAAGUCCUGUAUGGUAUGACCUGAGACAAAUCACUUAAUCCCUCAGUCCCCUCUUAGACUACAAUUUGAAGAUCAGUUGCUGAUCUUAAUUGGUAGAUCAAAUUUCCUCAAGGGUUCCCUAUAUCAAUCAAUCAAUUGAAGAACAGUGGCUGAUCUUAAUUAGCAGAUAGUUCCUCUCCCUCAAGAGUUCCUUCCCUAUGUCAAUCAAUAAACAAGACUUUAGUAAGCAUCUACUCUGUGCUAUAUCAGCAGAAAACAGGUUCUGUCCCUUUCCCUUUACAAAAAAAAAAAGCAUCGACCUAGCAUUCCAAAGACCCAGGCCCAGCUACAACACCUACUAGCCAUGCUAACCCUCUGGGCAAGUCAUCUUAUCUCUUCCUUUACUCAUUUGUGAACUGAAGGUUGCGUGCUACACUCUCCACCUCACGGUCUGGUUGAGGACAAGUUUAAGAAAAGGUUAGUAGCAAUAAAAGACACCAUGCACUAGCAUGUGACUAAGUGCCCAGUGUCCAGGAGACAGUCGGUGAAUCCUAGAAUCCCAGGGUAUCUGAGGUGGAAGGGAAAUCGGAGGCUGUGCUUCCUUAGACUUUAGCGCCCAUCUCUAUAGGGCUUUGCAGCCCAAGGAGAGCUCAGAGCUUCAGUGACUGGCCAGUUCCUAAGAUGUAGAAAGGGAGAGGGCCCUUGGAAAUCUCAUCCAAAUCUCACAUUCACUUUCAUCCUGCAGAAGCCCAGAGAAGAAAAAGAACCUCCUAAUGUUGGGACCUGAGGAACCAUACAUCUAGUCUGCCCCACACUUGAACAUUGCCCCCAGCCCAACUGAGUACAUUCGCCUCCAAGUUAUCUGGUAUUCACUUUUUAUAGGCUCUCCCUCUCCACCCCCCUCUCUAUAUAAACUUGUGUAAUGUAUGUUUUAUAUAUUUAUAUACACACACAUACCUAAUGCCCCCACCACCACCGAUAGAACAUAAGCUGUUUGAGGGUAGACCGAUUCUUUUUAAUCUUUGUAUCCUUAGCACCUAACCUGGUACAUAGUAGUUACUUAACAGAUAAUUAUUGAUUGAUUAAAUAAGCAUACUCACUACAGUGUUCCCAACAAGUGCCAUUUCAAGUUGGAAGACCUUGGUAAGGGGAAAUCCAUUAUCUCCUAAAGGGAAAGGAUUCACCUAAGGUUAUGAGGCAGCUGGGUGGUACAGUGAAUAUAAGGAUUGGACUUAAAAGUCAGAAAGACCUGA